AGUGGUAGAGUAAAAGGAAAGGCAAAAUAGAUAAUCUGUCAUCUACUGGCUUCAAAUAAAAGUAUAAAUAGCAUUAUUUGUUGCAUCAAUCGGUACAUCACAGUUUGUGACGCAUUUUAUGUAUCGUUUCAGAAUUAGGCUUAUAAAAAUCCAAUUGUUUAUUAAAACAAAUGGCCGAAGAUAACGUGUCUGUUUUUGCUGAAUUUUCAGAAGACGAUUUCUACAGGCAAUUUUUAGCUGAUGAUUUUGAUGUUAAGAAUGUGGCAUCCAAUGCUAUUCAAGAAUUGGCCAUAGCUGAACAGCUAGCUAAGUUGAUUGCAGGAAUAAACUUAUUGGAUAAAGAAUUACAUGACCAGGUCUCCAACCAUUAUGAAGAUCUGCUCUCCAAGGCUACAGAAAUAGAUAUGUUAGAAGAUGCUUUACAAAUGUUACAGGGUAGGAUUCAAACACUUGCAGCUGCAGCUGAAAGGUUGAAAGGUAGGAUUGCUGAGCCUUACAGAAAAGCUGUAAAUCAGACAAUGAUGCUGAUGAGGCUGCAGGAGACUUGUGAUCUUCUUCGCCGAAUUAGCAGUGUUUUCAAACUGACCCUUCGACUCCAGAAUCAGAUUCAAGGAGGAUUACGGGAGAUCACAAAAGCUGCCCAAAGUUUAAAUGAGUUAGUGUAUUUAACUGAAGGUGUUGAUUUGUCUGAUCUUGAACUUAUCAAAAAGGACCAGAAAGUUAUACAUGAUGCAAGAAAGAAAGUUGAGCAGGAUGCUGAACAAAUGCUAGAAAUGGGAAUGGAAUCCCAGAACCAAACACAAGUUGCAACUGCUCUCCAAGUCUUCCAUAACUUACAAGUGCUUCAAGCAACAAUAUGUAAAGUAAUAGAGCAGACUAAAAACAGACUGAAGAAAAAUGUAAAUGAAGCUUUGGACAUCAAGAGUUUGAUUACAAACUCUGUAUCGGCUUCUUCCAGAGGUGGUCCAGGUAGAGCUGCAAUGCCAACAUUGGGAAAUGUAGGAGUGUUCAGGAAAACACUGUGGUCCAACAUGGAGAGACUGAUGGAUCAAAUUUAUGUAGCCUGCAGUCAGAUACAACACUUGCAGAAAGUAUUGGCUAAAAAACGAGAUCCAGUGAGCCAUGUUUGUUUUCUUGAUGAAUUUUCCAAGAAUGAAGAGAGACACAUCAUGGCUUAUUUCUGGGGUAUUGUGACUAAUAUUCUAACAGAAAGUUUCUCUAAAGCUGCUCAAGAAUCAACACAUAUUCGACAAGCAUUUGAAGUAGAAUACCCAAAACUCUUGAAAUUGUAUACCGACCUCUGGAAGAGACUCCAACAUUUUAACAGCAGCAUAAAUGUCGCAACAGGACCUGAUUCUCUUGUACUGCAACAAGACAGUGGAGACAGUGCAGAAAUUUUCAGUGAAAAUAUAGAUGCUGAUAUCUACAAUCCAGAAAAGGCAUUACGUGAUACCUUGACUUCCUUUGAAAAAUCUUAUCUUUCUCAGUCUCUCUCUCGUCUUUCGGAUUCUGUUCAUAAGGUGUUUUCAGGUGGAAACCAGGAUGCCCCAACACAAGAGGACAUAGAAGGCAUUGUAAAAAUCAUUUCAAGUGAGAUGUCAGUAGCCAGUAUUGACUUGGUUCUCAGCAGAAAUGUUGCAAAGACUGUAGCUAAUAUUGUAAAGAUUUUUACAAUAAAAUCUGAAGAUAUGAUCACAGAAGAUGAGGAAGCAACUCAAGUGAUUCAUCCACCCACAUCACAUCAGCAUUUAAAUGCUACUGUUGCUUACCUUUUAUUGCUGUUUGAAAACCAACUAACAGAGUUCUUGGAUGGCCCUUCAGCACCAUUUCAAGAGUCUGCAGAAAUUAUUCGAGCCUCACUUCAGGUAUUCUUGGAUGGCCCUUCAGCACCAUUUCAAGAGUCUGCAGAAAUUAUUCGAGCCUCACUUCAGUCUGUUCCAGUGCUCAUGAGCCAAGCUAUUCGUCCUUUGAUGAAUUCAGUAGCUGAGGCUAUUGAAAAAAUUAUUUUGACUAUGCACAAGGAAGACUUCUCAAAGUCUGGACAGGAGAGUGACAACAGCACACCUGAACCUCCUUGUUCUCUCUAUAUGAAAGAGUUACAGAGUUUUAUAUUUCGAGUUAAAGGACAAUAUUUUUCCAUUUUACCAGUGUGUGUUUUAGUGCAGAAAAAUAUUCAGCAAGUAGCAUGCAGAGCCAUUGACUUGUUCGUUCGGCAUGCCAGCUUAGUGCGUCCCUUAGGAGAUGGUGGGAAGAUGAGACUUGCUGCAGACUUUGCUCAGAUGGAGAUGGCAGUUGAAACACUCUGUCCUAGAAUUGGAGAACUUGGAAAGUCCUACAAAAUACUUCGUUCUUUCCGUCCUAUGCUAUUUCAAACUCCUGCCCAUAUUAUAAAAUCUCCAGUAGUAGGAGAUAUUAUUCCCUUUCCUGUUGUUCUGCAUUUUCUUUUUUCAAAGGCAUCACCAGAGCUGAAGUCACCACAUGAAGUUUCUGGCUGGUCAAUUGGUGACUAUUCAAAGUGGUUAGAUGAUCAUCCUUCAGACAUGGACCAAUUAUCAUUUAUCAGGUGGACGUUAGAAGCCUAUGUUAAUACUGUGAAACAACGUCAGGGUCGUGAGUUCUGCUUCAUCUACCCUAUCAUGCUUGAAUUACUACAUCUUGGCUUACAGAAACCUGAAACAAGGUGAUGGCUUAAAUGUAUAAUACUUGUAUCUUAAGCAUGAGAUGAAUUCAGACCAUCAGAAUCUGUGCUUCAAGAAUUAUUGAUAACUGUUAUAAUUAUUUACUUCCAAUAAAAGUGUGUGUUUGAUGCAUUCUAUGUAUUAAAAGUACCUUUAUCAGUGUUAUUCAAUGGAAUAAUCAUUUCUUCUAUUUGCUUAGAAAGACUGAAGAUAUAUAUUGUAUAAGCACCAUUCAACAGAAGUUCUGUAUUUGUUUAGUUUCACAGGAGAGGUAUUCGGACUACACUGACACUAUAAGCCUAAUAACUUCUGGUUUUAAAAAUAAAUUGAAAGAACUUUCUUAUUGCUUUUCUGUUAUUCAUACAUCAAAUAUAUUCAAAUAUUUAUAGACUUUUCUUACAAAGGAACUUUCUUGUCAUUUUGGUUUAUUUCAGUGAUGUGUUUAUCAUGUUAUUUUUAUAUUGAGGUAUGAGGCAAUUUAAUUUUUCGGUAUAAUUUUAGGGGAUUCUGAGGAAAAUGUUAGAUAAUCAACAUAUUAAAAAAAGCUUGUAAAUGUAUCAGGUUUAUAAUGUGUGAUUAUUAGAUAGAGAUGAAUAGCACAAUCAUUUGUAACUUGUUUUCUGUGUAUAACAUAGUUGAAAAGAUUAAUACUUUUGAAUAAACCUCCAUAACUCUAAAAUAUUAAAGUAUAAUUUUUUCUACUGAGCUAUUGAUUUUACAUAGUAACCACCUAAUUGAAAUAAAAGUAUAAAGUUUUUGGAGAUUCCAAACCCUAAGCUCUAUAAGUGAAUAGCUUAGGCAGCUUAGGUGAUUUCAAUGAAGCAGAAAUUUUUUGAUCAGGGUUCUCACAAGAGUUCCACAGUGAAGGGUCCCAUAGGUAGAAUUUAAUAAACUCAAAUGAAAAAAGCACUUCACUGUUAAUGGAAAACUAUUUACAAUGUAGAAAAGAGCAUGUUAAUGUUCACUAAAAAAAACUAUUUACAAUUUACACUGCAUAGUUUCCUUUUAUGAGUGCAAAUUAAUUUUCAUGAUAAGAUUAAAUUUACUUUUUUCAUCUGAAAAUUUUCAUAUAUCAUCUUCAUAACCUAAAUAAAUGUCCUAAAUAAAUAUCAAAUGUUUUUUGUUUUGUUUUUUCAGAAAAACUAUAUUUUAUCUAUUAUUCUCUUAACCAUAACUCUGCAUAGGUCAGUUGAUUUGACCGACCUUGUUACCGCCAUAAAAAAUUAGGAAAUAAAUAUAAAUUUUCUAUCCA